UGGACCAGAUUUUUGUUGGUUUGUUUUUCAGUCCCAUUAUCUCAACUGAACACGAGGUUGUAAAAUAACCAACCGAGCGAAAUUAUCAACCAGCCUGUUCAGACUUCUAUACAGUCAACCCAGCCACAGGCAAUCUGUGAGGGCAGGGGGAAGGUCUGCAGUGGGUUCCGCGGUUUCAGCCUCAAUGCGCAGGCUUCUCUGCGUCAAGCGUAAGAGAAAACGAGCCUCAGAACUGGAUGACACGGUCAGUGCCGGAAAGUGUCAGGAACUAACUUCUGACCUCCUAUGAAAAUACCGUACAGGGACAGUCCUACUUCCCGGCGCCGGUGGGGACGCUAGAACACUUACCGGAGGAAGCCAGCCAAGGUCCUGCAUUCCUGCCAUCUCCUGGGCGCACCUGUUCCUCCCUGACCGUUCUCCAUCUCCACUGUUCUCUUGACAGCAUGGAUGGGGAGGAGGAUGAUUUGUCUCUGCUGACCGCACUGCUGGAGGAGAAUGAGUCGGCCUUGGACUGUAAUUCAGAAGAGAGUCAGCCCUUGACCCAGGAAGAUGGUGAACCUGAUGCAUUCGAUGAGCUCUUUGAUGCUGACGGUGAUGGUGAAUCUUACACAGAGGAGGCUGAUGAGGGAGAAGUGGAAAAGGCUGAAGACCAAAAGGAGAAUUUGGAUGCUCUCUUUGGAGACAUGGAAGACUUAACAGAUGAGGAAGAAGCUCCUACAUCGCAAUCAACUAACCACAGGGCCCUCCCUGCUCCUGCUCCCAGUCAAGGGAAGACUCAUCAGGAAUUGCAAGAUGAAUUAAGGAAGUUGCAAGAGCAAAUGAAGUCCUUACAAGAACAGCUGAAACUAACGACAAUUAAACAGCCUGCAAGUCCAGCCCGUCUGCAUAAAACCCCAGAUAAGUCUCCACGUCCCCCUCUUAAGGAGAAGAAAGUUCAGAGAAUUCAGGAGUCGUCGUGCUUUUCUGCGGAGCUUGACGUCCCUACUCUACCAAAACCCAAGCGGGUGGCUCGGACACCAAAGGUUUCACCUGCAGAGCCCCAAAGCUCAUCUUUCAGGAUGACAAGUGCACCCUCCCAACCACUCCGAACGACUCCUGGAAACAAACCUGCUGGGAUGACGAGGGAUCAGAGUGCAGGGACCCCCAGGAGCUCUGGGGAAACAACUCAGACAGUCUCCGUGGAAGCCUUCUCUGGCCUGAGGCUCAGGAAACCUCGAGUAUCCUCCACAGAAAUGAACAAGAAAAUGACUGGCCGAAGACUGAUCAGACUAUCUCAGCUCAAGGAAAAGAUGGCAAGUGAGAAGCUGGAAGAAAUAGACUGGGUGACAUUUGGGGUUAUAUUGAAGAAAAUCACUCCACAGAGUUCUAACAGCGGGAAAACAUUUAGCAUCUGGCGACUGAAUGAUCUUCGUGACCUGACGCGGUACGUGUCACUGUUCCUGUUUGGAGAGGUUCACAAAGAACUCUGGAAGACUGAGCAGGGUACCGUCAUAGGGCUGCUCAACGCGAACCCCAUGAAGCCCAAGGAUGGUUCAGAGGAUGUGUGCUUAUCUAUUGAUCAUCCUCAAAAGAUCUUAAUUAUGGGGGAAGCUCUUGACCUGGGAACCUGUAAAGCAAAGAAGAAGAAUGGAGAACCGUGUACACAGACUGUGAAUUUGAAUGACUGUGAGUACUGUCAGUAUCACAUCCAGGCCCAGUACAAGAAGCUCAGUGCCAGGCGGGCCGACCUGCAGUCCACCUUCUCCGGCGGCCGAAUUCCCAAGAAGUUUGCCCGCAAAGGCAUCAGCCUGAAAGAAAGGCUGUGUCAGGAUGGUUUUUACUACGGAGGAGUUUCUUCGGCCUCGUAUGCAGCCUCAAUUGCAGCUGCUGUCGCACCUAAAAAGAAGAUUCAAACCACUCUGACUAAUCUGGUGGUUAAGGGCGCAGACUUGAUCCUUCAGGAAACUCAACAAAAACUCGGAAUACCCCAGAAGAGCUUGUCUUGCUCUGAGGAGUUCAGGGAACUGAUGGACUUGCCUACAUCUGGAGCCAGAAACUUGAAACAUCAUUUAGCCAAAGUCAAGUCAUCAGGGAUCAUGGGGAGCCCGAAACCUGCUUUCCAGUCUAUCUCGGCAUCAGCCCUCUUGAAGCAACAGAAGCAGCAUAUGUUAGAGAUGCGGAAAAAGAAAUCAGAAGAAAUACAGAAACGAUUUCUCCAAAGUGCGAGUGAAGUUGAGAGCCCAGCUGUGCCAUCCUCUUCUCGGCAGCCCCCUUCUUGGUCUCCACCAACGGGGGCUGAGUUCCCCAAGCUGAAAGGAGCCCCAGCCAUACAGAUGCCAAAGCUUGGAAGAGACAUCUCAGAAGGAGAUGAUGUCCUCUUUUUUGAUGAGUCACCACCACCAAGACCAAAACUGAGUGUGUUAGCAGAAGCCAAAAAGUUGGCUGCUAUAACCAAAUUAAGGGCAAAAGGCCAGAUUCUUACAAAAACAGACCCAAACAGCAUUAAGAAGCUAAAGGAACCCCAGGAUGUCCUGGAAGUGAAGGAACGCGUAGAAAAGAACAACACAUUUUCUCCUCAAGCUGAGGAUGAAUUGGAGCCUGCCAGGAAAAAAAGGAGAGAACAGCUUGCCUACCUGGAAUCUGAGGAUUUUCAGACAAUUCUAAAAGCAAAAUCGAGGCACACGGGGAUCCUAAAAGAGGCCGAGGCUGAGCUGCAGGAACACUAUUUUGAGCCCCUGGUGAAAAAAGAACAAAUAGAAGAAAAGAUGAGAAACACCCGGGAAGUGAAAUGUCGAGUCGUGACGUGCAGGACGUGCGCUUACACCCACUUCAAGCCUCUGGAGACCUGCGUCAGCGAGCAGCACAACUACCACUGGCACGACAGUGUGAAGAGGUUUUUCAAGUGUCCCUGUGGAAACAGAAGUGUCUCCCUCGACAGGCUCCCCCAAAAGCACUGCAGUAAUUGUGGCCUCUUCAAGUGGGAACGGGACGGAAUGUUAAAGGAAAAGACAGGUCCAAAGAUAGGAGGAGAAACCCUGUUACCAAGAGGAGAAGAACAUGCCAAAUUCCUGAAUAGCCUUAAAUAGCCCCGACUGCAAACAGGUACCCACAGCCUACGUUGCUUCUUGUGGUUCUGGAAAAGCAAGCGUAUUGGCUCUGAAUUGCCCGUGUUCCUGAUUGACACAGUCAGAACGAAUACUUGCUAAGCCUACAACUUUGCCUCCUUCCUCGGUUGUGUUGGUUUAACAUCAAAUUUAACAUUGACCUUUAAGUGGAAAUUCAAGGUAUCAUUGUCUUCCCUGUUCUUAGUACUGAUGGCAGAAUUCGCACAGUUUUUAUGCCCCAAACUGGAAGGUAGAUAGAGAGUUGUGCUUCUCUCCCUUGGGUUGUAGAGAAUGCAGUGUCGCUUCUUAAUCACAAUAAGGUUUUGGUAUUUAUAUGGACACCCAGAGACAAAGGAAUGAAUUUAGCUCAGGUAACCUGCCUAACUUCUGGGCUUCAGUUUCCUCAUAUGUAAAAUGAGGAAGGUUGGACUAAAUGAUCUUGAAGUGUGUCUUUGAGCACUCAAAGUCUAAAAAUAAUAUAAUGUUUUGCCAUCUAGAAAAU